AUGACGAGGCGCUGUGCUGAGGCGGCGCCGGCGCCGGCGCCGAGCCUCCUGCUGGUCCUCCUUGCCUUGCACUGCGGGGUGGUGUUCCUACAAUGCUCGGCAGCAUCUGCCAUGGGCACCGACGUGUCGGCGCUCAUGGCAUUCAAGCGCGCCAUCAUCGAGGACCCUCACUCCGUGCUCUCGGACUGGACUGACGUGGAUGGCAACGCCUGCGACUGGCGCGGCGUGAUCUGCUCCGCGCCCCAGGGCUCCGUCAUCUCCCUGAAGCUAUCAAACUCAUCUCUCAAGGGAUUCAUCGCACCUGAACUUGGGCGGCUUAGUUUCUUGCAAGAGCUGUAUUUGGAUCAUAACCUGCUCUUUGGCACAAUUCCAAAACUAAUUGGCUCACUGAGGAACCUGAGGGUUCUGGACUUGAGCGUUAAUCGACUCACUGGCCCAAUCCCUUCCGAGUUAGGUGGCUUGAGCAGUGUGAGCGUAAUAAACUUCCAUUCCAAUGGGUUGACUGGGAGUAUACCGUCAGAGCUGGGAAAACUACAGAAUCUCGUUGAACUUAGGUUGGACAGGAAUAGAUUGAAGGGACCGAUUCCAGGAAGCAAUACUGCCAGUUUUUCUCCUGCUGCAAAUAUUGGAUCCACAGCUCACAAUGGACUAUGCCCUUCUCCCCGAUUAUAUGUUGGGGAUUUUUCUUACAACUUUCUUGUUGGAAAAAUUCCACCCUGCUUGAAAUAUCUUCCAAGGUCAAGUUUCCAAGGGAACUGCUUCCAGGAUGAGUACUCUGUCCAACAACGAGCUUUGCAAAUGUGUAUAAGUGGUUCUACUGGCCUGCGAGGUGGCACAAAUGGAUUCAAACAUCCUGGACAUAAUAAGCAUGACAAAAUGCAGCAACCAAUUUGGCUUCUUGUUUUAGAAAUUGCAACUGGUGUUCUUCUGGUUGUUUUUGUGAUUACUGGUAUCGUUACUGCUUCUAGAAGUUGCAAGCUGAAGCCUUCUAUAAGAAUAUCAUCAUGGAAUCGAUCAAAAAGUUGGAGUGAUGAGAUAACAGUGUUGAUUGAUUCUGAUAUGCUGAAAAGUUUACCAAAAUUAAGUCGCCAGGAGCUUGAAGUAGCUUGUGAGGAUUUUAGCAACAUCAUUGGCUCAUCGCCAGAGACAGUAGUCUACAAAGGAACCAUGAAGGAUGGACCUGAAGUUUCUGUCAUAUCGUUAUGCGCCUUUGAAGGUCAAUGGACUAGCCACCAUGAACUCUUUUACCAAAACAAGGUCAUCGAUCUGGCAAGAUUGAAUCAUGAGAACAUAGCAAAGUUUUUAGGUUACUGCAGGGAGAGUGAUCCAUUCUCUAGGAUGCUAGUCUUCGAGUAUGCACCAAAUGGUACCUUAUUUGAGCAUCUACAUUAUGGAGAAGGAGGCCAGUUAUCUUGGCUCAGGCGAAUGAAGAUAGCCAUUGGGAUUGCCCAGGGGUUAAGAUACCUGCAUACUGAGUUGCAGCCCCCAUUUGCUAUAUCUGAGCUUAAUUCGAAUUCCGUGUACGUUACGGAAGAUUUUACUCCAAAGCUGGUUGAUUUUGAAUGCUGGAAGAUGAUGUUCUCGAGACAGUUCAUCUCGAGACAUGAGAAGUCUCCUGGACACUUGAAUAGCAAAUCCUCUUUCCCUGGCCAUGGGGAUUCCGUGGAGGAUAAACAAGCUGAUAUCCAAGCCAACACGUUUGCUUUUGGAGUGAUUUUACUGGAGAUUAUCAGCGGGCGGCUUCCAUAUUGCAAGGAUAAAGGCUAUUUGGUGGACUGGGCGACCAAGUACCUCCAGCAGCCAGAGGAGAUUGGGAAGCUGGUGGACCCCGAGCUAAGCAGCGUGCGGAGCGAGGACCUGGCGGUGCUGUGCAGCGUGGUGAGCCGGUGCAUCGACCCAGACCCGUCCAAGAGGCCAUCGAUGCAGAUCAUCACGGGCGUGCUUGAGAACGGGAUCGACCUGUCGGCUGCCGCCAUCCUCAAGGAGUCAUCGCUGGCGUGGGCCGAGCUCGCCCUGGCCUUGUGA